UAUAAAAAGUAAUUCAGAGAUCAAUUUUAACUAAGAUAGUGGUUCGGAAAUCAAACCACACUUUAAUUUGUUUAUUAAUCUCACAAAACUGGAUUAGAUUUAUAUUGAAUUUAUCCUUCAUUUUUUCGUUGAAGGAGAAGACCGUCCCUUUGAUUUCUUUAGAUUUUGAAUCGUUUCCAAGAAGACGAAGAUUGAAACCUUCAAUCCGGCCCCAAAAUUCAACUUCGAUAUUCGUUCUCCAGUAUGGCAGUACCCAUAUCCAGAUCAAACUUAUCCUUGCUAUUCUUUCACCUGUUCAUCAUUCUAUUCUCCCCCAGAAUCUCAGCCAUCAGGAAGGAUGUUGGCUUUCAAACGAAGCACUUUUGCAAAAAUACGGUCCAAGGAAGAUACUUACUUUCUGAUGAUAAUGGCCGUGUCUGUGAUGCACUGACCGUAAAUCCCCGGUCCCGCUGCUGCCCUGAAAAAGGAGAAACAUUCUCUUGUUAUGGUUGCAACGUUGUUUCAGAGUGUUGUAAUUCUUAUGAAUAUUGUGUUUCGUGCUGUCUAAAUCCUUCAAGGAUUACAGAGGAACAAGUAAUAAAGGUGAAGAUGGCCAAACCAGCUACGGCAGGGACAUAUUCUAGUGCUUUCGAUUUCUGUGCUGGGAGGUGCCGUCAUAAUUCUGAGAGUGUGGUCCAUGAAAAUGCUUACCUUAGUGAUUUCCAUCACUGUUUUUCUCUGCCAUCAAACUCUUCAGCUGCAAAUUAUACAUUUUUAGAAGCCAGACUGAAUGGCAUUGAUGUUCUUGUUGGAAGGCAAGGGGAAUCAUGCGAUACAGUUUGCAGGUCAAAAGGACAAUCUUGUGUUCCAAAUAAGCUUUCGGUACUUAACCAGUGUGACAUUAUGCAGAAAUAUAUGAGAUGCAAGGGAACUUGCCUGGCAAGUAUCGGUCCAGACCAACCUGCUGAAGUGGUUGAUGACGCUCCUGAAGAUUUGAAUCCUGGAGCAUGCUUGUUUACGCAAACACAAUCAAUGCUUUCUUGUUAUGGUUCACAUCAGCAUACGAGGAGGCUUUGCCCUUGUGCGUAGUGCCCUAUUGGAUUCGUCACCAAGGUCACCGGGAUGAACUGUUGGGAUGAUGUAUAUUGUACGCCGAUUUCAUUUGCUGUUCCACCUGGCCUGAUUUCCCAAAAUUGGCGAAUCUAGUUUGCUCCGAGUUUUUGUAAUUACAAGAGCGGCUCAUUGUAACGAAGUUCGGUUGAGGAGAAACAAGUCAGUAAGCUCUGCCUUGCAAUGGCAUCAGAAAGUGAGGGCGUGGGUCUUUCUGUUCUGUGUAGUUCUAGCUGUUCAUCACAGAUAGCACACAAUGUAUAAUGUUAAUGUGUAUUGUUGUUGGUGGUUUGUAAUACAGUGAGCAAAGUUUUUGAGAAUUAGAAGUAUUAUGGAGGUCAAAGUUACCUCAUCAACUUAACUAGGUUCGUGAGGAUACUCGACGCGAAAUGUAAAUAAUUAAAAUUGAGUUGUUACAUAAUAUUUAAUGUUACGAAUUUGAUUUUCAAAGCA